AUGACAUGCGAAUCCUUCCUACUGCUGCAGGCCGACCUGGACUACACCCAGCGCAUCGACACGGCAGUGGGCUGCAAGGAAAACGCCCAGAAGCGGCAGGCGUGGACAAGAGUUGACUCGCCCCCGACUCUAGUGAAGCAGUUUGGUAUUGCGACUACGCUUGUUGACCCUACUCAUCCGAUAUGGCUUCUUGGUGGAUGGGACAAACUACAUGCUGCUAUUAUCACGCUUGGUUCGGUUCCAAGAGGGAUCGGAUGUUCGCCUGAGCCUGGCCACCGCGCCCAUCAUACCUCUACGGUUCUGGGUUUGCCCGCUUGUGGCACCGCCCCCGGCACCGACAAGCAAGGCGUUGUGCAGUGCCGUCAUUCGUACACACUCUAA